UGCUCGAUCUGCUCUCUCUCUCUCUCUCUCUCUCUCAACUCCCCGUUCGUUUUCUCUUAUCACCGUUUCCGUAUUGCCUUCGCCUAUGGGGGGACAGAGGGAGUAAAGAGAGUGAAUGCGCUGUAAUUCUGAUGUUGUUCCACUGGUGCCAUUAGCCUAUUACAAGCCGCAGGCAUGGCUACCGCGUCCGACUGUCAGCAGCCGUAGAGACCCUUCACCGCCGCAGCUACCCGCGCCGCGGAACCUCUCUUUCUUUACCAAAUCUUUACCAGCUACAUUCAUUGUCUGUCUGUCUGCCUGUGCAGUGCAGUGUAUUUUAAACCCUGGCUCCUACCUAUCUAAUGUCAUAGAGCAAAGCCUGCAGUGACUAGUCAGGCAGCAGUUCGCGGUACACCAAGGGACUAAUCAAUAAGACUGGAGAAUAGAGCUAUAUGAUAUAGCUGGCUACAGCUGCUACGAGGAAAAACGUCGCGUGGAACGAGGCUGGAAUUAUGAAGGUCUGCCACCAUGUCUAAGGCCACAGUGAAGAAGCUGCACUGGCGCGCCAAGGUGCAGGAGAGUUUUGUUCCCUUGGGGGGUGGGUCUGGGGAGCUGGGUGUGGCCAUCGGGGGCGGGGCUGACUACGGAGAGUUCCCAUUCGUCACAGCAGCACCGGGAGGCGGGGCCACAGUGGGUGACGUCAUACUGGAGAUCGGGGGUACGCCCGUCCUGGGCAUGACACUAGGAGACGUGAGAGGGGUCCUCAACUCAUGCCCCCAUCCCAUACGGAUCAAAACCGUCUCGCCAGGCUCUACUCUGUGCAAGGACCUGAGGCUGUACCUGAGUAAGUGUUUUACUCCAGGAUCCAUGGACAGCCAACUACAGCAGGUGAUCAGGGAGAACCUCUACCUCCGAGCCGUCCCCUGUACGACCAGACAGCCUCGCGACGGGGAGAUAUCAGGGGUGGAUUACAACUUUGUCUCCGUAGAAGAGUUCUUUUCCCUGGAAGAGUCUGGAGCCCUGCUGGAGAGUGGCAAGUUCAAGAGUAACUACUAUGGGACGCCCCGCCCAGUCCACAUCGGCCCAGAGAGCCCACCAAUCACGUACCAGGAACACCGGAACCUGCUCCGGAACUUCAGGACGCGCAGCAAGUCGCUAAGCAACCUAGAAAAGGCUGUAGAGGAGGGAGAGAACAGUGAGGAAGACUCUGGACUGUCAGGAGGUUCAGGGGGCAUUAGCAGCGUCCCGGCCACAACGCUAGCUCUCAGCCAAUCCUGGGACUCAAAGGACGGCGUGGGAGCGGAGAACGGAGGGAGUAGCAUCGCCACACGAGGAGGAGGGGCACUGCCCGAGAACUGGGAGCUGGCCUUCAGCGACUCAGGAGAGCCUUACUACAUAGAUCAUAUCUCUAAGACCACCAGCUGGCUGGACCCCAGAGCUCAGAGCAGGGAGAUCCUCAGCAAAACAGAGUUGCCUGCGUUCACGGACAAGCCGGCAGAGCUGAAGGGCUAUUCCAUCCACACCCGUCUGUCUAAAGGGCCGCGAGGGUUCGGCUUCAACAUAGUGGGAGGCAGCAGACAGAGAGAGUUCCUCCAGGUCUACAGCGUUACACCAGGAGGAUCACCUGCUCUAAGCACAGCUGAUAUCCUGGUCUACAUCAAUGACAGCUGUGUCCUGGGUCUGUCUCAUAAAGAGGUGGUAGAGAUGUUGCAGUCUGUCCCUGUGGGUCACAGUGUGGACGUUGUGUUACGGAGAGGCUACCCCAUGCUUUACAACCCCGACGGCUGUCCCAAACAACCCCUGACCUCCUCCGCCUCCUCCUCCUCUCCUCUGGAACCCCUCAGCGCUGCAGCCACGCCUCCCUCCACAGCCGCCGCUCAGCCCCUCUCCACCCCCGGGCCUGGCCCUGCCGAGCCCCCCCAACCUCCCGGCCUGGCUAACCUGAAUCGUAGCCUGUCUCAUCCCAACGGAAACUAUCUCAGAGUGGCGGGAAACUCAGGGUCGGGGCUGGACGCUAACGGGAACGCGGCAGGCCUGGUCUCUGCGCCGCCCUCCUACCCGAUGUCUAACGGAACCCCUGGCAUUUCCGCCAGCUCAGCCUGUGCCCCCUCCUCCUCUCACAGCAGGGGCAUCCCCCCUCCUCCCCCGCCUGAACGAACCUCCACCUCCGCUAGCCAGAGUGACUCAGAGGAAGGAGCCUCGGGUGGAGCGACGCAGAGAUGGUCUCUGAUGCGCUACAACGGUAACUCCCUCCCCACCCCCUCCUCCAUGGUCCAGCACCAGAGGGACCUCUCCACCUCCACCCUGCCCAUCUCCCUCUCCAAGCUGCCCCCGACCCAGCCGGAGUUGGGCACCGCCACCACCCCUGGAGACCCCUGCCAGCGGCCCCCCAUGCCCCAGACCUCCCUCAUGCUCCCCCUGCCCACGGAGGUCCCCACCUGCGGCUUCAACGGAUGCCCAGCCAACACCCACCCCCAUGGGGGCCACAGCGCUGCCAGCGAGGGGGUAACUGGUGGGGCUGGAGGUGGGGAGCUGGUCCCUGUGCCCCUGGGGAGGAGUGAGGGGGGUGGGAUGGGGUUCAGUGUGACGGCUGGGGGGCAGGGGGGGCAGCUGGCCCUGGUGAAGAGGGUCUGGGACAGAAGGCAGUGCUCCUCCCUGCAGCCAGGGGAUGCUAUAGUCAAGAUCAACGGAGCCGACGUGCAGAGCCUCAGCUUCUCUCAGGUCCAGAGGGUCCUCCAGAAACACACCAAGCAGGGAGAAGUAGUGCUGUUGGUUAACAGAGGAGGGUCCCUCUUCUCUCCUGUCUCUCCUACCCUCUACAAGCCCCUCCCCUCUCCCCUGGGCCCCUCCUCCUCCCAUGGCCUCCCCUCCCCAUCCGACCUGCCUGCCUCCUCCUCCACCUCAGAUGCCUUGGUGCCCCUGCACCUCCCCCACAUCCCCCCCAGCCACAGUGGCCUCUCCCCAGCCUCGCCCUCCACAGACCUCCCCUCCCUGGUCCAGAGCACAAGCUUCCUGGACUCAGUCCCUGUAACCCUCACCCUGGAACCCAGGGACUGGCUUGGGGUGGAGGACGGUGGUGGGGACCUGGGUGUGUCGAGGCCCCCUGGAGGUGGGAGAGGAGGAGCAGGACUGGGGGCUGUGGCCAAGGGCCAGGUGGACAGACGAGGGGGAGGGGCCAUGCUAGGGGUCAGGGGUCAGGAGGUGGAGCUACGGAGACGGCCGGGGGAAGGGUUCGGCUUCGUCAUCGCCUCAAAGGACCUGGCCAAUGGGGCCUCGUCCAUGCUGUCCCAUAGGUUUGUGACGGUGCGUGGGGGCAGCCCUGCGGCCCGGUCGGGUCAGAUCCAGCCGGGUGACCAGCUAGAGGCGGUGGAGGGGCGCUCCGUUGUCACCCUGCCUCACAGAGACCUGGCACAGAUACUGAGACGCGCCGGAAACACACUCAGACUCACCAUCAUACCGAGAUCUAACACCAACGCUUCUAGUAUGUCAGAAGGUCCAGAGUUAGACGCCGACGGCGGGACGAGGAAAGGCCACAGAGGGAGGCCCAAGGUCAGGCCCAAGCAGCAGGACCAACGUUACUAUAGUGUAGACCUAGAGAGAGGUCCUACAGGUUUUGGCUUCAGUCUGCGGGGGGGCAGUGAGUACAACAUGGGCCUGUAUGUCCUGGGACUGAUGGAGGGAGGGCCUGCCUCGCGCAGCCACAAGAUACAGGUGAGUGACCAGCUGGUGGAGAUAAAUGGUGACAGUACCACAGGAAUGACCCACAGCCAGGCCGUAGAGCAGAUAAGAAGAGGAGGACAUCGUAUACACCUGGUACUGAAGAAAGGAAACGGAUACGUCCCAGACUAUGACCAUGAUCCCAGAUCAGUCUCCCCCUCCUCCUCUCUCUACCCAGAGGAGCCGGGUGUGGCUGCAGUAGAUGUGACACGCUCUCUGCCAACGAAGAGCGGAAGGGUGGAUAGAGGAGGAGGAGAGAGGGAGAGGAGAGGGAGGCAGAGGAAGGGAGGUCGUCUGGGGGGAAGGAGUAGUGGAGGAGGAGGAGGAGGAGGAGGAGGUAGAGGAGGAGGAGGGCGAGGUACUCCUGACACAGACCUGGAUUGGCCUGAGGAGGAGGAGGAGGAGGAGGAGGCGGAGAGUCAGGUGGUCAGCCACAGAGGUCAGAGGUCAGAGAAUAAGGACAACAGGAAAUGUACCCAUAGUUUACCCAAGAACGUACUGAGGAGCUGGGACAGACAGGAGGAGGUAGUGGAGACAGUGCAGGAGGUAGUGAAGACAGCGCAGGGGGUCAGGCACAGCAGGGCCAAACAGAGGUCAAAACAGCAGAGGAGCAGGACAACACAAAGUGAGAGGAGAGAGAGGGUAGAGGAAAUAGAGGAGCAGGAGAUACACAGGCAAAGUAGCCUUCCCUCAGCCAGUGAAACACAGGUGAAGGUAGUAGGGAGGGAAGAGGGGAGGAGGAAGAGGGAGGGCGAGAGGGAGGUAGAGAGGAAGAGGGAGGUAGAGAGGGAGAGGGAGAGGGAGGCUGAGAUGGAGGUGAAGACGGCGGCUGCAGGACCUGUGGUGGAGGAUUCUGGGCCGGAAAAAAGAGACAGACCCCCAGAGAAAGAGAGAGAGAGAGCUCCCUUCUCCUUCCUCAUGCCGCUGCAGGAUGGAGACGCUGAGCUGUCCGAUGCAGAGUCAGGGGCCUCGGGAGCCUCCGGGGCCAGCUUCUCUGACCAGGUCAGUGUGUCUGCUGCCAGCAUCUCUGGAUCUACCGCCGGGGCCCCACCCAGGUGGGGGGAUCCCAGGGACCUGAGACGGGACCCAUGGAGCACCCAGUCAUGGUGUCGGGCCACCCAUGCAUCCCACAACCCAGGCCCCUGGAGAAGCACACAGCCACGGAAGGCCACCUACGCCGGCCCCGGCCCCUGGAUUAAACCCAGCCAGCAGAAACUGAUUCAGGUGUUGGUGGGACACAGGCUGAGAGGAGGCCUUGACCUGUAGAUGAGGAGAAGAAGAGAGGGACGAUGUGUCCUGUGAUUAGCAGAAGGAGAAGAGAGGGACGAUGUGUCCUGUGAUUAGCAGAAGGAGGGUUGUGGUCUUUCUGACGUGGGGUGGCAAAAUUCCUGUAACUUUUCCCAAAGUUGCCUGGUUUGCCAGAAAUCCUGGUUGGUUCUGGAAAACCAGGGAAUUUUGGGAAAGUUACCGGAAUUUUCAACCGUAGGUUUGACCUGGCAGCUCCACCAACCUGUUGUGCAUUAGAGCCUAGGACAACAAGAAGACAGGACAUUCCCCCUGUCCACUGCACCCCAGACCCCCGUUAAGCCAUCUCUUUACUAGGUCUCACCACCAACCAUGCCCAUACCCAUAAGUCUACCCACUACCACUGUUUAUCGAUCCGCAGUUAGUCCACCAUCACCAUCGGUUGGUUACAUUGGAUCUACAUUCUGAGUUGUAUUAUCUUCAACAUAAUCAUUGUCAUCAGAACUUUUUUUAAAUAAUGAAAAUGCAAGUGGCAACAACAUCAAACAAUUGCAUCAAACACCUUCCUCAUAUCAACCCUCUCUCUACAAACCAACAUGGAGUGUUACCCCCACCUAGAGGCUAAAAGGGGGGGUAUUAUAGUUCAAAGACAGAAAAGCCACAACUAUAGGACAUGAUAAUACAUUAUUCCUCUUUGUUUUAUUAUAUCAUUUUAGCAUGCUAUUUUAUUUUUGUUGAAAUAAAAAUAUUACAGAGAUUAAGAUAAAUGAUUAAGAUAAAUGAUCGAGAGAAAUGAUUUGCCUCCUGCUUGCUUGGCCUGGAUUGUAACGUAACCUCUCCUUAACGUCUUGCUUAUAUAGUCUUAUAUAGUGGUGUUAUAGAUGGCUGGGGGACAGUAAUUAUACUGUUAUAUAAGGUUUAUAUACUGUAAGUAUA